UCCACCGCUCACUUCCGCGGCAGCGGCUCAGGAGAGCAGCGGGCGGCUGCGGGGCAGGGCAGGGGCGACCAUGACGGGAGGACCCCGCUCACCUCAUCGAUCGUCUCCUCCUCUUCUUCCUCCUCCUCCGAGCCCGACUCGCUCGACUCCGGCUCGGACUCGGAGCCGCUCUCCGCGGCCGGGGGCUGCGGCUGGGCCCGCCGCUUGGCCGGCGUGGCCAUGUUACCGCGGCGCGCAGGCGCUCGGCAGCCGGAAGGCCGCGGCGGAGGCAGGCGCGGUGCCCGCCCGGGGCGGCCCGGCUGCCGGCGCUGAGCGUCCCUACGGCUCCCCGCGGGGCCGGGCUGGAGCAGCGCGGGGUGGGUACAUCGCGGCCAGUGUCCGGCACAGCUCUCCAGGCGGGAGUUGGGAGUUCUUCUGCAAUUAUUUGGUAAACAAUGAAGGUUCUGUUGCUGAAGGAUCCCAAAGACAAAGAGUCGGGACCAGAUCCCUAUAUUCAAGAACUAGGAUUAUACAGAUUUGAAGCCACUUUGAUUCCAGUUUUGUCAUUUGAAUUCAUAUCUCUUGAAAGCUUAUUUGAAAAGCUUUCUCACCCAGAAUCUUAUGGAGGCCUAAUUUUUACCAGUCCAAGAGCAUUAGAGGCCAUCAAGAUAUGUUUAAAAGAGAAGAGUAAAAAUGAAGCCUGGUCAAAAUCCCUUAAACAAAAGUGGAAUACGAAACCAGUGUACGUGGUAGGAAAAGCAACAGCUUCUUUAGUGGAAGAAAUUGGCCUUAGUCCACAGGGAGAAAAGUCUGGAAAUGCUGAGAAAUUAGCUGAAUAUAUCUGCUCGAGAGAGAAAUCCAGUUCCUCAGCUCUUCUUUUUCCUUGUGGAGCCCUGAAAAGAGAAGUGCUUCCUACAGUACUUAGAGAAAAAGGCAUACCUCUGGAAAGCAUCACUGUUUAUCAAACAACCCAACAUGCUCAUCUGCAGGAAUCUUUGAGCAAUUAUUUCUCACAACAGGGAAUUCCAGCAAGUGUUGUGUUCUUCAGUCCAUCUGGUGUCAAAUUUUGCCUCCAGCACAUUCAGAAGCUUUCGGGGGAUUUUAUCAGCCAUAUCAAGUUUGCUGCCAUCGGUCCAACGACAGCCGAAGCCAUGGAAGCAGCAGGGAUCCCUGUGAGCUGCACUGCAGAGAGCCCCACUCCCCAGGACCUCGCCAUUGGCAUCCAGAAAGCUCUUCACUUACACAACUGCUCUGUACCUAAAUGAGCACAGUGUGACUUUGAAGGCGAACUGGGCGCUGCAGAAGGUUUGUUUGCAGACCUGUUGUCCUGCAAGAAAGUGUUUUUCAGGGAUAUGCAACGCUGUCCUUAUCAGAAUCUGGUGUGAGAAGCUGGCACCUAAAUGUGGAAGAAAUCCAGGCUUUGUCCAGCAUCCCUAAAAGCAUGUGGUUAUUCCCCUUCUCUCAUGUGUGCAGUGUAUAUAUUUUAUGUGGGUGUUCCUUGAAAGCUCCUUGUGAGAGGCUGAUCUGCCUCAGAGUAGAGUGAGAUGAGUUGAGUGUAUCACCUACACACCAGGUAAGGUUUUCAUUUCCCUAUAGAAUCAGUUCUGCACCCAUCCUACUCUUUUAUAGAUGAAAACCAUACAUACAACAAAGUGGUUCCUGUUGUAAAGCUCACUUGCUCAUUGUUCUGCUUUUCCAAUAUUGAUAUUAAAAUGAUGAUUGUAGAUCCUCAGUGGAAUAAGACCAUUCUAAGGGUGAAGCUGCACCAUGUGGAGCUAAAAGCAGGUCAGCUAUUGCUGCUCCAUAUCCUUCCAGUGCAGGGUCUUACAAAUGAGGUUUUGGUUUCUAUUCCUGUAAAGGAGGAGGGUUUAUUAACAGAGAAAUAAACUGACUUAUCAUAGUUAAUAAUGGUCUUAGAGGUGUCUGGUUUGGAUGUGGUUUAUGCUUGAAUUGUUUAUCUGGGAAAGGGAAAAAAUAAUCCCAUUUAGCACCACCGCUACCUUCUGCUAAUGCUGAGGAAUUCAGUGCAGAUUUAAAUCAUAAUAAACUUAAUUAUAAUCCCCAUGAAAGUCAUUCAGUGCAGUGCUGAGGUUCGCAGACUAACAGAGAAAUCCUCAUUUGCUGUAAAUUUCUAUUAGCUUAAUUCUGAGUCUGUGACCUGAAUUCCCAAUUAGGUGAGAUGUUCCAUACCCAGAGUAAGACUUAAUCUGAGCCCAAUUAUGUUCCUGUGAACUGAAGUCACGUCAAGUUGCGCGUGUGGAUGCAUCAGUCAGCCUGGACACGAUAAAACAGCCAUUUUGCUUUCUAAAGCAGUUCCAGUUCUUAGCAUGAAAUAGAAUCUCAGAAGCAGUAUGGACCUCAGAGUAUUUAUGGAGCUGUUGGAGCAAGUCCAGAACAGGUCACAGAGAUGCUGCCAGGGCUGGAGCAGCUCUGCUCUGGAGCCAGGCUGAGAGAGCUGGGCUGGGGCAGCCUGGAGAAGAGAAGGCUCCUGAAGGGGAGACCUUAGAGCAGCUCCAGUGCCUAAAGGGGCUCCAGGAAACCUGGAGAGGGGCUUUGGACAAGGGCCUGUAGGGACAGGCCAAGGGCAAUGGCUUUAACCUGCCAGAGGGGAGACUGAGAUGAGCUCUGAGGCAGAAGCUCUUCCCCGUGAGGGUGCUGAGGCGCUGGCACAGACUUUUCCCAGAGAAGCUGUGGCUGCCCCAUCCCUGGCAGUGUUCAAGGCCAGGUUGGACACAGGGACUCGGAGCAACCUGCUCUAGUGGAAGGUGUCCCUGCCCGUGGCAGGGGCUUGGAGCUGGAUGAGCUUUAAGGUCCCUUCCAACACAAACCAGGCUGGGAUUCUGGGAUUCUCCAAAUGACUGAUUUUAGACUUUUUUCGAGCCCCUGCUGCCUUUCAAAUAGUUUUCACUCUGUUGAGCAGUUGCUGCUCUGAUGAGAGCUGUAACCCCAAGGCAGACCCAUGCAGCAGUUUAUAUUUAAUAAAUAAAUUUUAUUUAAAAAUAUGCUCUCAUUUAUUCACAGUUUCAAGUCUGAAAAACAUAAUAAUACUCUUCUUAAUCAAUCCCAACACAGCUAAACCCACUCAACUUGCUGGAGUAAAGCCCAGUGAUGGCCACUAUUUGGCAGUCCUGCAGCACAGCUGAAAAAGCACACAUCUCUGUGCAGGAGACUACUACUAGUAGUUAGUAUGUCCACAUAUGCAACAGAAAUUUCCUUGUACAGCUUCAGCUGACAUUAUGGGUUAAAGUGUUUCAAUCCAGCCUUGCUUACAAAGUGUAUUCCAUGAAAUACCAACCCAGAGCAACUGUGAGAUUACAUCUGUAUGCAAGACAUUGAUAUCACUGCAAAGCCCCUUAUCUGAAAAAUAGGGAAUUUCUCCAACAUGAGAAGUGUUUCUGUUUCUAUGCAGAACCCAAAUGUGGCACUUCAGACAAAGAAACACCACUGCAGAGGGCUCGUGGGAUAAACAGGAAUUCCUGCUCUUUCCCACAUGUACAACAUCAUAACGCAGGCGCUAUUACCACCUGCAAUAGAUAGGGAUAUCACAUGGGAAAAGAUACAAUACCACCAAUCCCAUGUGGAGCAAGGCACUGUUGGGCUGUUCCAGAGCAUGUCUGUCACUGGAUUCCUGCAUUGCCAGUGUUGGAAUUCUGGGUCAGCUGCUCCAGUAAGCUCAGGAUCACUUCCACCCGCUCCAGCAGAGUCAGGCUUCGGUUGGCAGUUGCCCGCAGGAGCAGGGAGUAAACCUGCUUGUUGGUUUGAAGAGCAGCUUCUUCUUCAUUAAUGCCCCUACUAACAAAACAGGUCAUACAGGCUGUUAACCUGACCACAGGAUUGGAUUCUGCACAUUAUCAAACAGUUACUAAACAGCAUUGAUGACUAUCCCUGUCAAAGCACAUAGCUGGUGUUUCCAUUGGAGUCUCCCAUUUCCUACCAUGCCACAUUUAACAUCCAAGACUGAUAAAUAAGUGAGCCAAAUGAGAAAAAGCCUAGAAUACUGGCCUUGAUAUUAUAAAUAAAGCAUGGAUGUGUACAU